AUGGACGAUGGCAAGACAUUCACACGACUAACUAGAAGUAGCAGCAAAAAGAUGACUGAAGCUCAUCAAGCUGAGGGUGGCUCAGCGACAAGAAUGAAAAAAUCGAGAGUGACAUUGCAACUUGAUUUUGAUGAACAUAGCUCAUCAGCAAAUUCACCAGCGAUGAAGAAGUCCAAAGAUGUCACCCUACCAAAAUCGAAAAGUAAAAGAGAAAAAUCCUCAUAUUUGGCUGAUGUGCAAAAUCUCGUGAAUCUAGCUGCUAAAUACGGUUGUUUGUUGUACUUCGAGUUGCCUAAAAUUGAUGAGAAGAAAAAUAUGGAUUCUAAAGGAAACGUGCGAGCUAUUGUUCCAAAGCAACUGGAAGAAAUUCCUGGCAUCAAAGCGGAGAGACCAAUUUUGAAGAAGCAUGAUCAAAAUGCUGCAGCAUUUUCUAUCAUAAGACCUGAUGCCCCGACAAUGACUAAUGGACAUGCUCCAGCUACAUGGAUGCAAGGAUCAAAAACCAAACUAGAUUACCUCUUAGUAAUUGAUUUUGAAUCCACAUGCUGGGACAGUAAAUUCUCCUCGCCACCUCAAGAAAUAAUAGAAUUUCCAGCUGUGCUAAUCAACCUAAAAACUGGAGAGAUAGAAGAGCAAUUUCAACAGUUCGUCAUGCCUAUGGAGCAGCCACGUUUGAGCGAGUUUUGCACAAAUUUUACUGGCAUAAAUCAACAGCAAGUAAAUGCGGGCGUUCCAUUGAAUAUUUGUAUAAAACUUUUCUUGGUGUGGCUUGACUCCAUAGUUUCCAACAAAGGGAUGGCGCUAUACCAAGCUGGCGAACAUAGCGCUCAAGACUCCGCAAACAUUUUUGUCAUUGCUACUUGGACAGAUUGGGACUUCAAACUCUGUCUGUUCAAAGAAUGUGAAAGGAAAAACAUCAAGUUUCCUUCCAUAUUCUCGCAGUGGAUUGAUCUGAAGGCUGCUUUUCGGCAAAAUUAUGGUUGGACACCAAAAGGUUUGAGAGGAGCUAUGGAGGACCUAGGACUGACUUUUGAGGGAAGGGAACACUCUGGUUUGGAUGAUGCAAUUAAUACAGCUAAACUAGCCCAUCGAAUGGUGUGUGAUGGAUCUAUAUUGAACCGGUAUUCUGAGUUAUAAGUGAUUUUUAGUGUUGAUAAAAUGUGUGACAGUGUAUUGGUCAGAGAAGAGAGUAAUUAUUAUUAUUAUGUAAUGGUGCAAUUAUUCGCCUAUUCUUAGAAGAAGAAGACUACAUACAGUGACUAAACAGUUUAGUGGUGUUGUUAUAAACCGUUUCUUCUACAACAUUUGUGUCCUCCCCUCUGCAGUUGCUCACAAUUUCCAGGAUUUGCCUAAAAUAUAUUAUGAUCCUUAAACAUUUUUUCUUUUAAAUAAAAGCAAGUCCAAUUUACCUCAA